AUGGCGAUCCAGAAGAAGCAUGCAAAGGCGCGUCUGGAUAAAUAUUACUAUCUCGCCAAGGAGAAGGGCUACCGGUCGCGUGCGGCCUUCAAGCUCAUUCAGCUGAACAAGAAGUAUGGCUUCUUGCAAAAGUCGAAAUGCCUCAUAGAUUUGUGCGCGGCGCCAGGAGGAUGGCUUCAGGUAGCGGCAGAGAUCAUGCCGCAGAAGAGCUUGAUUGUAGGCGUCGAUCUGAGUCCGAUCAAGGCCAUACCGAAGACUAUUACGUUCCAAAGCGACAUCACAACUGACAAGUGCCGAGCGACGAUUCGAGGCCAUCUCAAAACAUGGAAGGCCGAUACUGUGAUUCACGAUGGUGCACCCAAUGUCGGAACAGCCUGGGUGCAGGAUGCCUUCAGUCAAAACGAGCUUGUGCUCAGCUCACUGAAACUGGCGACCGAGUUCCUGGCCCCGAACGGGAAUUUUGUCACCAAAGUGUUCCGCAGCAAAGAUAGCGCAAAGUUAGAGUGGAUUUUCAAGCAGCUGUUCAGCAAGGUCGAGCAGACAAAGCCACCGAGCAGUCGUAAUGUGUCCGCUGAGACCUUCUACGUAUGUCAGGGCUACAAGGCGCCCAAGCAUCUGGACCCAAAGUUCCUGGAUCCGCACUACGCUUUCAUGGAUGUCAAGGAGAAGAGCGAGAGUGCUGAGGCGAAGGUGUUCAAUCCGGAGAAGAAGAAAAGAAAGAGAGAAGGGUAUGAAGAGGGUGACUGGACGCAAUUUCACGAGGCCGCUGCAUACGAAUUUGUGCAAUCGCAAGAUCCGAUCGAGAUGCUGGGAACGCUGAACAGGAUACACUUCCGACGAGAUGGCGAAGAUAGCGUCGCACAAGCUGCGCUGGACAUGAUGUCGGAAACCACCAAGGACGUGCGAAAGAACUGCGAAGACCUCAAGGUCCUUGGCCGUGCCGACUUCAAGCUGCUACUUCGGUGGAGAAUAAAAGCACGAGAGCGAUUUGGGUUAAAAGAAAAGAAAACAGGACAUACGAAGGCUGUUGUGGAAGAGAAGGGCGAGGGCGAGGUUGGCGAAGAGGUGGCAGUAGUAGAAUCCAUGGACGAUGAGAUGCGGCUACGGGAAGAACUCCAGGCUCUCAAAGACUUGCAGGACAAACACAAGAAGAAGGAAAGGAGACGCGAGAACGAGAAGAAGCAGAGAGAGAUCGUACGCAUGCAAAUGGGAAUGACCACGCCCUCAGAAAUCGGAAUUGAAGCUGGCCUGCAAGGCGGUGAUGCGGUCUUUCAGUUGCGAGACGCGGAUAAGGAUUCUUCCAUCCGACGCCAAAUCACAAAGGGCCGCAUGACUGCCUUGAUCGAGCCGGAGAAGCCACAGCAGGAGUUCAGCGAAGAGGAGGAUUCGGACGAGGAUGGUGACUUGCUGGAGAGAGAGUUAGAUAACAUGUACCAACAAUAUCAGGAGAAGCUGGAAGAUCGUGACACAAAGGCUCGUGCAAAACGUGCGCGGAAAGAGGCUGGAAAGAAUAGGGAGGAUGCCUUCGAGGGCUUUGGUGAUGAUGACGAGGUCGCGGACAGCGACGCCAGUGAUGAUGAGGUGCUGGUACAGGACCAAGACGACUCGGACUGGAGUGACGACGAGGAGGAGGAGGAAGGACUUACAACGAAUCUGCAGCCAAAGCAAAAGGACGGUGAGCUCAGUAGCAGAGCUGCAUCAUUCUUUCAACAAGAUCUAUUCAGUGGCAUCGAUGGCCUUGACGAGGAUGAAGACAUGGAUGAUGUCGACAAGGCACGAGAUAGUGGUAUCGAUGACUGGGAAGAAGGCACGACACGAGAUCAACCCGACAAUGAAGGUCGUCCGAACAUCGACAUUAUCACUGCUGAAGCCAUGACUCUGGCUCACCAACUGGCCACUGGCAAGAUCACCAAACAGCAGCUUCUCGACGACAACUUCAACAAAUACUCUCUUCGUGAUGUUGACGGUCUUCCUGAAUGGUUCUUGGACGAUGAAAACAAGCACGCUCGUCCGCAACGUCCCGUAACGAAAGAGGCUGCUGCUGCAAUCAAGGAGAAGAUGCGGGCUGUCAACGCCCGGCCCAUCAAGAAGGUUCGUGAAGCGAAGGCGCGCAAGACACUCCGAGCAGCAAGACGUCUGGAAAAGCUCAAGAAGAAGUCGGAAGGUCUCGCUGAAGAUGGCGAGGGCACGGAACGGGACAAGGCGAACCAGAUCAGCAAACUCAUGGCUAAGGCGAGCAAGUCUGGGAAGAAGAAGCAGCCUGUAAAGGUCAUUCGUGCUGGUGGGCAGAACAAGGGCCAAGGAAGACCACGAGGAGUCAAGGGUAAGUACAAAAUGGUCGAUGCACGUUUGAAGAAGGACGUGAGAGGGCUCAAGAGAGCCGACAAGAGGAACAAGAAGAAGUAG